AUGGCUGAUGCGACGCCAUCUGGUCUUAAGGUGCUGUUGGUGGGCAAAGGCGGUCGCGAGCACGCCCUGGCCUGGAAACUGACCCAGAGUCCAUCGGUUCGCCAUGUUUACGUCGUUCCCGGCAAUGGAGGGACGGCCAAGCUUCCACGAGUCUCCAAUAUCGAAAAUGUUGAAGCCAACAACUAUCCCUUCCUGGUUUCUCUAGCGAAAGAGCUCCAUAUUGGCCUCGUCGUGGCCGGCCCCGACGACGCUGUCAUCGAUGGAAUCGAGGGGUAUUUCCGUGGCAGUGGAAUACCUUGUUUUGCCCCCACCAAGGAGGCAGCUGAAGUCGAAGGGUCGAAGAAAUUCGCCAAGGACAUCAUGCGCAAAUACAACAUCCCAACUGCCAGCUACGAGAGCUUUGACAACUUCGAAGCAGCGAGCCUUUACCUCCAACAAGUCGACGCAGGGCGAGUGGUCAUUAAGGUUGAUGGUCUUGCCGCCGGAAAGGGCGUGGUACUUCCAACGAACCAUGCCGAGGCCCAGGAUGCCCUCCGUGAGAUGAUGGUUGAGGAAAAGUUUGGGACGGCUGGUCAAUCCGUUGUCAUCGAGGAGUACCUCGAAGGCGACGAGAUCAGCGUCCUGACAUUUAGUGACGGGAAAACCUUCAAGUCACUACCGCCUGGACAGGAUCACAAGCGGAUCUUUGAAGGAAAUAAAGGGCCAAAUACUGGGGGGAUGGGUGUCUAUGCACCUGUAUCAUUUGUGAGUCCAGCGCAAAUGGCAACGAUCGAAGAGACAAUUCUCCAGCCUACAUUUGAUGGGCUCAAGACUGAAGGUCGCCCUUUUGUUGGCUUGCUCUUUACGGGGAUCAUGAUGACACCAACUGGCCCCAAAGUCCUGGAGUACAACGCUAGGUUUGGAGAUCCAGAGACCCAGACAAUGAUGAUGCUACUGUCAUCAGAAUCUGACUUGGCGGAGAUUCUACUGGCGUGCUGUACGGGGAUCCUGGAUACUGUUGCUAUCCCAGUCCUUCCGGGGUAUGCCUGCAAUGUUGUUAUUGCGGCAGGAGGCUACCCCGAGUCAUAUUUAAAAGGAGACAUUAUUGAGGUGAAGCCUCAUCCCCAAGGCGUGUGUAUAUUUCACGCCGGGACUGAAUGCAGCAAUGGUGUCCUCAAAACCGCUGGCGGUAGGGUGCUGUCGGUUGCUGCUUAUGGACCAACACUUGAGGAAGCUGUCUCUCUCGCCUACAAGGGUGUAGAGUGUGUCUCAUUUGAGAACAUGUUCUAUCGGAAAGACAUUGCGGCAAGGUAA